AUGCUGCGAAUCGUGCUGGAAUCGCUCGUCCGGCACUGCGACGGGCGGCUGGUCACCAAGGACGACGUCGAGCGCGUCUUGUAUGCAGCCAGCACAAAACCACCACCAGAGCGAGAGACCGCAACAGCCACCCCGAGUGCAUCCACGCAUCACACGCAGUCGAGUAUGGUUGCCACGCACGGCGGCGCAACGACCAAGGCAGCAGCAGCAGCAACAGCAGCAGCGACAGCAGCGGAGGCGGCUGCAGCGGCGGCGAAUUCAGUCCACGCGGGUUUGUCGGAGCUUGUGGCAGACCACCACCACCACCACCAGCCACGCGCGGUAGUCGCCAGCGCUGCGCACGGUGCCAACUCGACACUGUCGGUCGUUUGGGAGGGCUCGGAGGGCUCGCCGGCAAUGGCGGGCGGCGAUGGCGUGGAUCAAGCAGCCAUGCCCGUGCUGAUUGAUAUUGCUGCAAUGCGCGAUGCCAUUGCCCGGCACGGCGGCGAUCCGCGGUCGUUGAAUCCGAUUGUGCCGGUUGAUGUGGUUGUCGCCGAGCAACAAGCUGCGCAGCCGGGCGGUCUUGGUACCGACGAUGCUGCCGCUGUCGCCACAUCCUUGGCCGGAACAACUGUUUCAGUCGGCAAAGCAUCCUCCGGGAAGGCUCCGACGGAAGAUAUUGAAGCCGCCGUGACACCCAACAUUUCAAAAGGUGCGGCGAUUCUUGCCGAGUUUGACCGGAACACGGAGCGCUACCGUUUUCUCAAGUGGGCUGCAGGGAAUAUGCAGUACCUACGAGUUGUCCCACCCGGCACGGGCUUGCUGUUGAACAGCAUUGUGCUGAGCCUCUCGCGCUCAAUGCUCGUCCUGGGCCCGGACAAUCGCGAGCUGCCCGAGUCACUCGUUAUUCACCCCCGAGCCAAGCCGAGCCUCGCGUCCCUGCCACCCACAGCAACGCCAUCAAGUCCAGUUCGUGGUUCGAGACGAUCUUUGGUGGCGCCGACCGUUACUCCUACUCCCGGGAGCAGUAAUAACGUGUCUGAUCGCUCGCAGAGUGCGCCUCGCAUUCAGCACGUCGCCAGAGAUGGCGGCUUUCUCGUGAUGGAUACUGUUGGCACGUCUGAUUCGCAUGCUGCCCUCAGCAAUGGUGCUGGUAUUUUGACGGUUGCGGCCAACUGCGUCGAUCUGGCCGCAAUGGUGCUCGGUCAGCCCGCGGCACUACGGCUGCCCUCCAUUGUCGGCUUUCGCAUUUCUGGCACCGUUCCUACAAUUGCCACCUCCACCGAUGUGGUGCUGGCCAUCAUCAAGUCGCUCCGCGAGCACACCCUGGAUGGUGCCUGCGUUGAAUUCUUUGGCCCGUCCGUGUGCUCUCUGUCGAUUGCCGACCGCUCCACCAUUUCCAACAUGGCGCACGAGUACAAUGCCCAAAUCGCCUACUUCCCGCCAGACGACGAGCUUGAACGGUACAUUACGCAAGCAGGCAAAUCCGAUGCGUUCGCCCCCAAAUUCCGCCAGUAUCUGUCUGUUUUACGAUUGAGCAACGGAGGCUCUGGCAGCACGCUUGGCGACGCUCGCAGUUACUGCAGGGUCAUUCCGUUUGAUCUUUCCAGUGUCCUUCCGUCGUGCACCGGUCCGCGAAACAUGAGUGCUCGUGUUGGCGUCUUCCAUCUCAAGGAUGAUUUUCAUCAGUGUUUGUCCAACCGAGAUGGUUUCCGAGGGUUCAACCUCACCACCGAACAGCAAAAGCAGCAUGCCGAUGUUGAAAUCAAUGGCGAAAUCCACCGGCUCGGUCACGGUGCUGUUGUGAUUGCAGGCAUCACGAGCUGCACCAACGCUACAAACCCGACUGUCAUGCUUGCUGCAGGAUUGCUUGCACGCAAGGCAGUAGAGCACGGCCUGCGAAUCAAACCUUAUGUGAAGACGAUGCUUUCACCCGGCUCCGGCUUGGUGACUUACUAUUUGAAUGAGAGCGGCGUCACGCCUUACUUUGAGCGACUCGGGUAUGAAUGUGCUCUUCGGGGGGAAGGGGUUGUGGGCACGCCAUCGUCGCUCGUUUCCUUUUACUCAAUCACGAGUCAUGUUGAAAUCAGAUUCCCAAUCACCGGUUACGGCUGCAUGACAUGUGUCGGAAAUGGCGGCGCUUUGCACGAUUCCAUCGAGAGCGCCAUCCAAAAGAACGAUCUCGUCGUCUGUGGCGUGCUGUCAGGCAACCGCAAUGUCGAGGGUCGAAUCCACCCUCUCACAAAGGCCAACUAUUUGGCUUCCCCGCCACUGGUUGUUGCCUAUGCCAUCGCUGGCACGAUCGACAUUGAUCUUGAGCGCACUCCGCUUGGAACGUCGAUUCUUACGGGACAUCCCGUGUACCUCCGCGACAUUUGGCCCUCCCGCGAUGAAUUGCAGCAGAUUGAGCGUGCGCAAGUCCUUCCUGGCAUUGUUGGCGAUGCCGAGGAGCCAGCAUGGGAAUGGCAGGACCUUCAGCAUGUUGAUAUUCUCGUAAAGGCGGGUGAUGCAGUAUCAGUCGACAUGAUCUCUCCAUCCGGUCACAUUGCAAAGGCCAGUGGAGCUGCCCAAUUCUUAACUAGUCGAGGCCUCGCGCCUCGUGAAUUUGCUUCGUUUGGUGCCCGUCGUGGCUGUCAUGAGCUCAUGAUGCGGGGCACCUAUUGCGGACUCAAGUUCCGCAACGUGUUGCUCGAGAACGUUGUGGCUGGACUUCGCAGCAUCGAUGCAGUGUCAUCGUCUGCGACCGUCCCUGCCGGCAGCGUUUCUGUGGGAACACCUCAUGUUAACAAGGCGAUCGGAAAUUGGCUCGCACGGAUGCCCGACGCACACGCACGCGCUGCGUUCAUGGCGCAGCUACAAGCAGCGAUAGCUGCGCCUGCUCAGCAAGGGUGCAAAACCAUACACACACCAUCCUUGACCGUUCUUGACAUUUGCGAUGCUUCUGCACGAUACAAGAGCGACAAGAUCUCUCGAUUGCAGCAAAUUCUGAACAAGCGUGCUGCCGCGGCGGGAAUUAACGUGGCUGACAUUGCGAGCUCCUUGCUGACUUCCUUGCCACAGGCUGCUGUGACUCCAGUGUUGGCAGUUGUCGCUGGCAAGGACUAUGGCGGGGGAGCUCCGCGCGAGUGGGCGGCUCGCGGCCCCUGGUCGGUUGGCAUUCGCUGCAUUCUCGCCGAAUCCUUUGAUGACGACCAUCGUCGCCACCUUGCGCAGAUGGGCAUUCUUCCUCUCCUGUUGCCUUCCACGUUCGUUUGGUUCAACGUGGGGAGGACUGCCAGCACUGCCAUUCCUCGGCAGGUCUACCGAGUCCUUCAAGUACACCCAGCCCUCUGA